GAGGGAGGGAGGGAGAGAGGGAGGGAGGGAGAGAGGGAGGGAGGGAGAGAGAGGACAGGGCCGCGCGUGUUGUGGGAGCGCUGCCGGGAUACGCGCCGGUGCUGUGGGAACGCGAGCGGCCGAGGGGCGGCCUGCGGUGUCCGGCGGGCCCCUCUGGCAGCCGCAUCCCUGGGCUGUCCGAGCGGCGUUCGGACCUUCGGAAAGGCCCCACGGCCCUGGCCGCCAUGGAGCUGGCGCUGAGGGAGCUGCUGCAGAGCGCAGGAGAUGUUCAGGCUUUGAAGAAUGCUUACAAGUUAAUCAAAUCAGCCACUGAAGGACAGUCUGUACUUGAUUCAUCAGAUAACAUCAGCACCGAUUUGUAUGUUUUAUGUGCUGAACAAGCGCUUCAGCUGGGAUAUCUGGAAAUUAGCAGUGACUGUCUACAGAUGUAUUUUAAAGGAAGAUUUCCUGUGAACCAGUUUCUUGGCAGAGCAUAUUUGUGCCAAGGCCAGUUGCAUGCUCCACACUCUACAGAUAAUUUGGAAGAGUUUGAAAAGUUUGUGCUGUUUUUUAUGAAGGCAAUUGAUUUUGCAACCCAUAACAGAAGGUAUUUUUUUUUGGUAUAUAAUGCCUCCGUUCUUUAUUGGCAACUUGUGAGGCCAUUUCUUAAGCCUGGAUUCCGCCAUUGCCUUAUUCCCAGCCUUUCACAGAUUGUUACAGCAUUAAACCAAAUUGAAGAGCAAGACAAUGAAUGGCGAGCAGAACUCAUGAUAAAUUUACUUGAGUGCUUCCUUGAUGCUUCAAAACUGGAAGAAGCAAAAGAGUUUUCAUCUACUGCAGCAGUCUUUAUUAAGGAAAAUGUUCCAGAUAAAUACUCUCAAAUAUUUUCUUUAAUGGUGUAUCACAAACUAAUGGAUAUUUCCCAGUUAGAGAAGGAAAUACAAAAUUCCAUCCAUCUUUCAGUUAUAUAUAAAAUGCAGAUGUUAAAGUUGCAGUGGGACACAAAUGUAUUUCCAAGUGAUGCCACCGCAAAUCUGAAUUCUUUAUAUGUGCUUUUGAAACAAUACGAUGUACCUCCAGCAUCUGUUCUCAGUGUGAAGUUUCCUUUGAUUCUGGAAUUAGCUCGCUUUUCUCUGAAAGUAAAUUGCACUGAGCUUGCAGCUCAUUGUAUACUUGAUUUGAAGAGCGUUCCAAUUACUGAGCAAGGGAAACUUAUUGAGAUAGAAUGUCUGGAAUAUGAAUACGAAAUGAAGAAAAAUGGCACUGAAAUUGUGACUUAUACCAAAGGAGUUGUUGAGGCUCAGCUGAAAUUGAUAAAAAAUCUUGAAUUAACGUUAAAACGUGCAGUUCAGUUGGGAGUUCCUGGUGUGAUCCAGGUUGUUUGUGCAACCCAGUGGAAUCUGUGCUUACCACUACUACAACACAAUUUGCAUCAACAUGUGCGAAAGCCGUUGAUUUCAGUUGCUGAUGUCCUUGAAGAGAUUGACAGCAUGUUGAUUUUGUUGCGUUGCCAAGUUCAUAUGGAAAUAGCUCGUAUAGAGGAAGAUGGGGAAAGACUAGAGGCUGCUCUGGAGCAUUUGCAAAAAGCUAUGCACCUGAACAGCAGUGAGCAGUAUGGAGAACAUCUAAGACUGAGUUUUAGGCGCCUUCAUUUGAGUGCUAUGCUGUACGAGUCACCUGAGCAUCGAGAGGAUCAGGCGGUAAUGCUGAUUGAACAGGCUAAAAGGGGAAAACAAAAGGAUAAUGCAAGGAAAAACAGAUGCCUUCUGAUAAAUGCAGGUCUUGCAUUAGCUCCUGACACAUUUCAAAUAGUUCUUGACAGUGAAAAUGAAGUUAAAGUUUUCUCAGGUAAAAGUAAUAGUCAAAUAAGCUACCUCUGUGCAAAAGCCCAACAUCAUACUAAAAGUGUGGAGAAAGUUGACGAACAUUUGAAACACUUAAGAAAUGGAAAUGGCAGAGAAAGAAUUAUGCUUUGGGCAGAUUUGGCAAAAGCUGCAUGUAAACAGGAAGUGUGGGAUGUUUGUCGUGCAGCAUGCAGAUUUUGCCUCUUGUAUGAUGAUAUUUUCUUUAGGGAGGCAAGAAAGCAUAAAAAAACACAGAAGAAUAAAGCUAAUGCAACUAUGAUGGUUGGUGGUCACGGUGACAGGUCAUCAGGAGAAUCAUUGCUGCCUGCUAAAUCCUUCUCUUUUGAAGCAGAUUUACUCAGAAUACUAGCAGAAAUAAGAUUUAUUAAUGCAGAGGCAACUGUUCAUUUAUUAGGAUUGCAGGGAAUCAAACUGAAUGAUCAUGCUGUACCUCCAGAGGCUACAUACCAGUGUCACCCAGGAAGUGUUUCAUAUCUUCCUGAAAGUGAUCCAGAAUGGAAAACGUACAGUUUAUGGAUAGACAACUUAUCUUGGUAUGCUAUGGAAAACUUCCAACGUGCAGCUGAAAUAGGAGAAGAAUUGAAUGAAGCCUGGAUUGUUCAUAAUGCUGUGGUGUAUAUCUUAAAUUAUAACAGACAUCUGAUUUCUUCAGGAAGACAAAGGGACAUUAUUGAGUAUCUCCAGACUCUUCUUGGAGCCAUCAAGACUGUCGGGCACAAUGGAAGUACUGAAAUUUUACUGAUGUUAUGUAAUGCUUUGGCUCGAGGCCUAAUUAUUUCUUGGAUUCCAAAGCCAAAACCUGCUGAGAACACAGAAGAUACAGCAAUAGAGAGUAGCAGAAAAGCUGAAGCAAAGAAACAGGAAAAAGCAAAUAUCCAGUCUUUUUCAGUAGAUCCUAGUGGACUUCCUGACAUCAAAGCUGCCUUAGAGAUUUGUGAAUUUGCCCUAAAUGCAAUGACUGGAACCAUACCUAAGGAAAAAGUCUCUAUUGCUGCACAACAACAGAUCAUUGCUACCUGGGUGAAAGCAAAGCAGUUAAAUCAGCAGCAGAUCAGACAUCAACUUGGGACUCAGGAGGAGGAGAAUAAUGAUGAAGCACAAAAUCCUCUGGCACGAAUUCUUGUUGGUCUGGAAAUAUACUCAUGUAAUGGCUUGGGUCUCAUGGAUUUCACUGUUCCUAGCUUAUCUCAGUUAGUGAAUUUGGCUUUAGAAUGCAGUUGGUCAGAUUCCUUAGUGGAAUUGCAGACACUUACACGACUUACAUAUUUUGCGUAUGCUUCACAAGACCACAAAAGAGUGAUGACUUGUUCCAAAAGGAUCUUGGACUCAGAUAAGAAUUUUGUCCACAAUAGAAAUAUUAAGAAAUAUGGCAUGCUUGGUAACAGGGUGAGACAAGAAAUGUUAAGCACUGCAGCCUGUAUACAAGGAAAGAGCAUAAUGGAAAACUUGUCUGGAAGAAAAGAUCUGCGUGUAGCAGCAUCAAAAACCUUUGUUCAGAGUGCCAGAUAUGCAGGUGAAGCUGGAAAUUAUUCCCUUGUAAUGUUUGCAGCUAGGCACUUUUGGAAUGCAUGUUUACCUUUACUAGGCUCACCACAUGACAGAGAACAGUUUAAGGAACCUACCAAAAUAAUUCUUAAAAAUAUAAUUAAAGCAGAAUCUAAAAACAAACAGGAAAAGAAAGAUACAUGCCCUUUGCAUCAGUGGAUUACAAAGGAUUUUCAAAAUAUUGGGUUAUCAGUUGGAUGCUUUCUCCCAGGUGCUGAGGAAGAUCUGACAUUAAGAACCUCCUUAUAUGGUCUAUUAUUCCACAUCUAUGCUGAUAAAGCUGACUGGGAGACAGCACUGAAACUCCUGGAUGAAGCUGCUCAAGUUUUGCCUCAGACAAGACACAAACUUCUGAUUUUCAAACUUAUGGCUACAGUGAGGGCAGGAUCUGGAUGCAAUUUUGUGAUGGGCACUCAGAAAGUCAGUCAUGAAAGUGAAGAUUAUUUGUCACAUAUGUGGCGACACUUGGCCACAGUCUCCAGAAGUAUUGUUGGACAGUUAAGCUGUUUUCAAAAUGCGAUCAUUGCUUUACAGAAACAAGAAGAUGAAUGGCAGAGAGUUGACUACCUGAUGGAAUUUGCUGAAUGCUUAUAUUGUAAUCAGUUUCCCCUCAAUGAUGCUAUUAAACCUCUGGAGUGGGCAGUAGAUCUCCUGCUUCGUAUGAAAUUCCCUAUGCAGUCCUCACAAGAGGGAGAAAACAAUGCUUUACCAGAGUUACUGCCUACAGAAAAUGCUAAGAUGAACAAUGAAGCAAGUGGUACCACGGCCCAAAUUAAUUUGGAAGAUUUGAGCAAUAUUAAACAACUGGAAGCUUUGUUUAGAGCACAGACAUUAAUGGCUUUAUUUUCUGGUCCUGGUUCUUCUUUUCACCAGCAGCACUGUUUGAUGGCAUAUGCCUGUAUCGUCCGUGUCUGGCAGGUGUCAUUGUCAGCAUCAGGGAUUAUUACAAAAGCAUUCUCAAAGACUUCACAACCUACAGGUCCUCAGAAAGUGAAGCUAAAGACUCCUAAAAAGAAAGAGAAACAAGUUGAAGUUUCUCUUGCAAAGGAGAAGUCUAAAGGGAAAGAAUCAGAUGAUACCAUACCAGCAGAUGUGGAAGAAUGGGCCCAGUACAGCUGUCCCAUUAACAUUAGAGAUACCUUUAAACAGAAAACAAAUAGUUAUGGUAUUAACUGGGAUAAUUUCCCAAAACCUACUUGCACUUUGUAUUUUAUGGACCUUUUAUCUAAAGAACUGCAGAAAAUUUUUUGUCCCCACUUGAUUCUUCCAAUCUUUCAGCUAGCUGAUGUUAUUGCUAGUGAAGUUCUGGAAUGUAGAAGUCUGUCUGAUCUCUAUCACCUUCGAAUUGCCCUGAUAUGUUCAGAUUUAAAUCUGAGUCAGGCAUCUGUGUAUCAUGAGAAAGCUGCUGGAGAAGUACACAUUAGUGAAUUAGAACAAGCAAUGUGUAGGCAAGAGAUUGCACUGAAAAAAGAAAAAACUGUAUGCAUGAAGACAGAAGAAAGAAAAAUACCUUUUGAAAAUGCUCAGCUUAAUGGUAGUAGGAAUGAGAGUAUUCUUACUUCAAGUGAAAAGGGUUUCAAGGUAAAUGCAGCAACAGGAAAAGGACUGAGUGCACUUUCUUUCCCUCACUUGUGGAUUGAAAAAGCUGAAGUACUAAUUCAGCUAGGCUUGUAUCAACCAGCAAGGCUUCUGCUUUCAGAGGCCCAUGCUGCAACUCAGGAGCUGAGGGCCCUAUCUGAUGUGUCAAGGUGCUUGUACUUGCUUGCUGUGUUGGCCAACCUGGAGAGAAACCACAGACAAGCUGAAGCACUCCUUGAGGAAGCACAGCUUCUGGGAGGAAACGAACAGUUCUGCUACGACUGUGCUCUUAGUCUGACCGAAGCAAUUCUAGAGGAACAGAGGGAAGGGAAACACAGCAUGGCUUGUGAGAUACUGGAACAUACUGUAAAUGUGCUUCGAUCUACUUCACUGAAGAGAGCUGGAAGGCAAUCAGAAUUGGGUUUUAUGAUUGCAUCCCUUGAAGCCAGAAAAAUACUUAUUCAGAUACAUUUUGCCCAGGAUGCUAUAACAGUUAAUGCCAAUUCUGCUCAGUUGCCACACAUUCUACAGGAAUCCUACAAUAAAUUAGUUCAAGUUGAGAAGGACCUUUUUAAUCAUGGGCAUAAAAACUACAGUGCUGAAAUACUUCUGGAAUGUGCAAAUAUUCAUAGGAUGAUUGCCAAGCAGGAAAGGAACAAAAAAGACAAACACAGUCACUAUCUUGAUGCUUACAACUUAGCUCAGAGAGCAGUAUCCAGAACAGAGGAAGUCUUUCAUAGCGUUUGUAGUUUAUUUGCAUUUAAUGAGAAUAAAAAUGUUAGUAUGCCAAUAAUGAGGCAAUUAGCUCUUAGAAAAAUAAAUCUUGUAGAAAUUCUUUUGGAUAUUUUUCAUCUUGUCAUUACUGAGAGAAAGCCUAAAAAUGUGGGAGAAGCAUCGUUUCAUGAAUUUGUGGAGGAAUUAAUCAUUGAAGAUGAUGCAGUAGAACAGGAUUGGAAGUAUAUGAAGCGCACCAUGGCUCAUGUUGCACUGGCUCAGUUAGCAAACAUACAGAAUCUUUGUGAAGGCUGUCCCAACAUCAAAUCCAAAUGCCUGUAUCUAACUGGAAAAACCCUUCAUUUACUUGCUGUUAAUGUAGAUCCUGUAUAUUCAGAGAUUUACUGGAAGCCAAAUGUUGUGGAAGAUGCUAAAUCAAACAUCAGAAAAUCUUCGCUGACUUCAGCAGAAUGCAGUGAGCAGGACAUGACAGAGAGCGGUUUAUCAACUAAUACAUGUCGUAAAGAUAAGUACAGGAGGAAAAUACAGGAAUUAAAGACACAACAAAGGGUGGCACAGAAGUAUCUUUCUCAAUCCAGUGAGGCUUUGCUGCAAUCUAUGGCUAUUGCAUUCCAUCAUAAUGUGACCGAUGUGCUGGCUCUUGCUAGUUUGGAAAUGACUGAAUGCUUUAGACAGUUUGAUCCAAUUUCAACUACCCAGUUUUUGGCACUUCAUCAGAGUUGUUCAGUGUCUAUGAUGAUGAAGAGCAUCCUUCUAACCGCUGCGUCCAACACCAGCAGCUCUCAGCUGGCAGCUUUGCUGCAUCUUCAAAAUCAGUUAAAACAAACCAGAAGCACAAGUGAUCUUCUAAAAUGCGUGGAACAGCAACUGACUGCUAAUUCAAUGGCUUGGAGAAACCUCUGUAUUCCUGUUGAACAUUUUAAUAUAGUGAAUGAAUUGCCGUCCAGUUUCUACAUAGUUAUUCUCCAGCAUUCAGAAGACAGGUCUCAGCUGUACAGCGCGUUGAUUGGGCUGCCCAGAGCGAGUUCUGCACGGCAGAAAGGAAGAGUCACUCAGAGGACGGUGCAAGCAAAAGUUUCUCGAUUUCCUGUGAAUCCUGAUGUGUUUUGUAUUUUGUUGGAAAAAAUGCAUCUUUUCAAGCAGCGGAAGAUGGAGAAUAAUCUUAAACAAACUGUUAUUCAGAACUUGCAAGAGGGUUUCUCCAAAACAGAUGUGACUGCAACAGAGAAAAUAAAUGAUAGUGAGCUUGAUUUGACAUCAGAUUUCUCUGAAAUAAUAGAAAUUAUGGAAGGCUAUCUGAAACCAGUGCUGUCACAGUUUGAUUUUUCGGCUAUCAGAGAAUCCCAGUGUGGAUCAGUUUCAGCAGCUGAAACAGGAAAAAAGAAAGUGAAAGAUAAGAACACCAAACAAGUUGGAAUGCAGGAUAAACCUGUGGAUUUGGGAUUGUGUGUGGUCUUACUGGGGGAUACAUUACUUAUGGAAUUGCCUUUGGAAGCUCUGAGUAUAUUUAAAGAGGAAGGAAUAAGUUCUGUUUCCAGAGAUUUUUCUCUACAGUUUCUCUACAAUCGACUACAUUGGACUGAGCCAGAAGCUGAAUUUAAAGUUGAAGUUUCUAAAGAAAAAAACAGAAAAGCUUCUCAGAAAAAGAGUGUCCAAAUGGCACCAAUUAAUCGUGAUCUGCCUUCUGAUUGCUUGCCUGUUGAUAUAAGGAAUUUAAAAUAUAUUGUGGACCCCUACAAUGAAGGAAGAGAAGCAGAAGAUUCAAGUCCUUCCCAAAAAAUACAGAAAAUACUGGAAAAAUACCGUGACCUAUUUAGACUGCAGUGGGAAGGUGUCAUUGGCAAUCUGCAUGCUCCAAGCCAAGCUGAGUGGGAGCAGCUGCUGACAAACUGUAGUGCAUUUCUGUUUUAUGGGAUGGAGAGAUUCCUGUCUCAUGUGUUGCUUAAUUGGUUGGUUGCUAUGAACAUCCCAAAAUGCCGUUUGGUGAUUCUUCUGGAUCUGGUACGAUCCCGGAAAAGUUACCAGAGAAUUGCAAACUCUGAUAUCCACAAAAGCUGUCUCCGUGUUGCCCUGGAGAGACCAACAGAGACAGCAAUGCUCCUCAGCCUCACGGGCGCUGGCUCUGUGGUAGCCACGCAGUGGUACUCGAGCCUGGAGGAGAGUGCAGAGAGGCUGGAGACCUUGUUCCAUCGUGAGUGUGGGUGUUUGUCUUGGCUUGUGUGUGUGUGGCUCCAGGGGCCGUUUGUAUCUGCCUCUCUCCUGUCUCUCCUUUCAGGGACCGUGUGGAUCUGCCUGUCUACUGUCUCUGCUUUCAGGGACCGUGUGGAUCUGCCUGUCUCCUGUCUCUGCUUUCAGGGACCGUGUGGAUCUGCCUGUCUCCUGUCUCUGCUUUCAGGGACCGUGUGGAUCUGCCUGUCUCCUGUCUCUGCUUUCAGGGACCGUGUGGAUCUGCCUGUCUCCUGUCUCUGCUUUCAGGGACCGUGUGGAUCUGCCUGUCUCCUGUCUCUGCUUUCAGGGACCGUGUGGAUCUGCCUGUCUCCUGUCUCUGCUUUCAGGGACCGUGUGGAUCUGCCUGUCUCCUGUCUCUGCUUUCAGGGACCGUGUGGAUCUGCCUGUCUCCUGUCUCUGCUUUCAGGGACCGUGUGGAUCUGCCUGUCUCCUGUCUCUGCUUUCAGGGACCGUGUGGAUCUGCCUGUCUCCUGUCUCUGCUUUCAGGGACCGUGUGGAUCUGCCUGUCUCCUGUCUCUGCUUUCAGGGACCGUGUGGAUCUGCCUGUCUCCUGUCUCUGCUUUCAGGGACCGUGUGGAUCUGCCUGUCUCCUGUCUCUGCUUUCAGGGACCGUGUGGAUCUGCCUGUCUACUGUCUCUGCUUUCAGGGACUGUGUGGAUCUGCCUGUCUCCUGUCUCUGCUUUCUCUGCUCCUCUCCAAAUUCUGCCUGCAGUUUCCACAGGAGGAGAACUGCAUGCAGGAGCCACCAUCCGUGUUGACAGGUUGAUCGUUCAUACAGAACAGCAACCUUCUUACAGCAGAUUUGGUGAGGUGUUUGUUUAUGGUCAUAUGGGAAGAGUAGGAUUUAUAUGGUGAGAAGCAGUGCCCUAGGACAUGGCCAUCUGUAGUUACAUAAACUGUGGGGAAAAAAUCCCCUGGAUUUAAUUUACAUCUGCACAGAUCCAUUACUUAGAUCUCUAAAGGUGUCCUUUGUCAUUAAGUUUAAAUGUGAAAGCUCCAGGCUCUAUGGCUGAUAUUUUCUUGUUUUCCAAAACUUUCAUUACA